CGCCCCGCCAGCGGCCUCGAGCGGGGCCCGCGGCGCGCCCGGCCGCUCCGCGCAGAUGGCCACUCAAGUGGAGCCGCUGCUGCCGGCGGGUGCCGCGCUGCUGCAGGCCGACGAGCACGGCCUGGCGAGGAAGAAGCCCGCGCCUGACGCCCAGGCCGAGCCGGGCCCGAGCGACGGCGGCGGCGAGCCGGACGGCAGCGCCCGCAGGCCAAGGCCCGCCUGCGCCAGGCCCAGCCGCGACGGCGCGGAGCGCGAGAGCCCGCGGCCACCCGCCGCCGCCGAAGCCCCAGCGGGAAGCGACGGCGAGGACGGCGGCCGGCGUGACUUCGUGGAGGCGCCGCCGCCCAAGGUGAACCCGUGGACGAAGCACGCGCCGCCGCCGCCGCCGCCGCCGCCGCCGGCCGCGGUGAACGGACAGCCGCCUCCAGAACCUUCUGCUCCAGCCAAGGUGGUGAGGGCAGCUGCUCCUAAACAGCGUAAGGGCAGCAAGGUUGGUGACUUUGGAGAUGCAAUCAAUUGGCCUACACCUGGAGAGAUAGCCCACAAGAGUGUGCAGCCACAGUCCCACAAGCCUCAGCCUGCCCGUAAGCUGCCGCCCAGGAAGGACAUGAAGGAGCAGGAGAGGGCCGAUGGGGGCGACAGUAAGGAGAGCCCGAAGACCAAGUCAGACGAGUCAGGGGAGGAGAAGAACGGGGAUGAAGACUGCCAGCGAGGCGGGCAGAAGAAGAAAGGGAACAAACACAAGUGGGUUCCAUUGCAAAUAGACAUGAAGCCUGAAGUACCGAGAGAGAAAUUGGCCUCACGUCCCACUCGCCCACAGGAGCCAAGACAUACACCUGCUACCCGAGGGGAGAUCAAAGGAUCUGAACCUGUCACCUACAUGCCUGUAUCUGUGGCCCCACCUACCCCAGCCUGGCAACCAGAGACCAAACCAGAGCCUGCCUGGCAUGACCAGGAUGAGACAUCGAGUGUGAAGAGUGAUGGGGCCGGUGGGGCUCGGGCUUCCUUCCGUGGCCGUGGACGGGGGCGUGGUCGUGGACGGGGCCGUGGACGGGGUGGCACUAGAACCCACUUCGACUACCAGUUUGGCUACCGAAAAUUUGAUGGUACAGAGGGACCCCGCACCCCCAAGUACAUGAACAAUAUCACCUACUACUUUGACAAUCUCAGCAGCACUGAGAUUUACAAUGUGGACCAGGAGCUGCUCAAGGACUACAUCAAGCGCCAGAUUGAAUACUACUUCAGUGUGGACAAUUUAGAGCGAGACUUCUUCCUGAGACGGAAAAUGGAUGCUGAUGGUUUCCUUCCCAUCACCCUUAUUGCUUCCUUUCACCGUGUACAGGCCCUAACCACUGACAUCUCACUCAUCUUUGCGGCUCUAAAGGACAGCACAGUGGUGGAGAUCGUUGAGGAGAAGGUCCGCAGGAGGGAACAACCUGAGAAGUGGCCACUUCCUGGUACCCCAAUAGUGGAUUAUUCACAAACAGAUUUCUCUCAGCUUCUCAACUGUCCAGAGUUUGUUCCCCGCCAGCACUACCAGAAGGAGACUGAAUCGGCACCUGGCUCUCCCCGUGCUGUUACCCCGGUGCCAACCAAGACAGAGGAGGUCAGCAACCUGAAGACACUUCCCAAGGGCCUGUCUGCCAGCCUCCCAGACCUGGAUUCUGAGAGCUGGAUUGAAGUGAAGAAAAGGCCUCGGCCCUCCCCAGCACGCCCUAAGAAGUCAGAGGAGCCCAGGUUCUCCCACACAACUGCUCUGCCUCAGCAGCUUCCUUCCCAGCAGCUGAUGUCUAAGGAUCAGGAUGAGCAAGAAGAACUAGACUUCCUGUUUGACGAGGAGAUGGAGCAGAUGGAUGGGCGGAAGAAUACCUUCACUGCCUGGUCCGAUGAGGACUCUGAUUAUGAGAUUGAUGACCGGGAUGUCAACAAGAUCCUCAUUGUCACUCAAACACCACCUUACAUGCGCCGGCACCCUGGGGGGGACCGCACAGGCAACCACACUUCUCGUGCCAAGAUGAGUGCUGAGCUGGCCAAGGUCAUUAAUGAUGGGCUCUUCUACUAUGAACAAGACCUAUGGACUGAGAAGUUUGAGCCUGAGUAUUCACAGAUCAAGCAAGAAGUCGAGAACUUCAAGAAAGUGAAUAUGAUUAGUCGGGAACAAUUUGACACACUGACCCCUGAGCCCCCUGUGGAUCCCAACCAGGAGGUUCCUCCUGGACCACCUCGGUUCCAACAAGUUCCUACUGAUGCCCUGGCCAACAAGCUGUUUGGUGCUCCUGAGCCCUCUACCAUUGCCCGUUCUCUACCAACCACUGUCCCAGAGUCGCCAAACUACCGAAAUGCCAGGACUCCCCGCACUCCCCGGACCCCUCAGCUCAAAGACUCUAGUCAGACAUCACGGUUUUAUCCAGUGGUGAAAGAAGGGAGGACCCUAGAUGCCAAGAUGCCACGAAAAAGGAAGACAAGACACAGCUCGAACCCCCCCUUGGAGAGUCAUGUGGGUUGGGUGAUGGAUUCCCGGGAGCACAGGCCCAGGACUGCUUCUAUUAGCUCCAGUCCUUCAGAAGGAACACCUGCAGUUGGCAGCUAUGGCUGUACCCCUCAGUCACUGCCCAAGUUCCAGCAUCCUUCCCAUGAGCUGCUCAAGGAAAAUGGCUUCACACAACAUGUCUACCACAAGUAUCGGAGGCGCUGCCUUAAUGAGCGGAAGCGCUUGGGCAUUGGCCAGUCUCAGGAGAUGAACACCCUCUUCCGCUUUUGGUCCUUCUUCCUCCGAGAUCACUUCAAUAAAAAGAUGUAUGAGGAGUUCAAGCAGCUGGCACUGGAGGAUGCCAAAGAAGGCUACAGAUACGGUUUGGAGUGCCUUUUUCGAUAUUACAGUUAUGGUCUGGAGAAGAAGUUCCGACUGGAUAUAUUCAAGGAUUUCCAGGAGGAGACUGUGAAGGACUAUGAGGCUGGCCAGCUCUAUGGAUUAGAGAAGUUCUGGGCCUUCUUGAAAUAUUCCAAAGCCAAAAAUUUGGACAUUGACCCCAAACUGCAAGAAUACCUCGGCAAAUUCCGACGCCUAGAAGACUUCCGAGUGGACCCCCCCAUGGGCGAGGAAGGCAUCCACAAGCGACACCCAGUGGUGGCAGGAGGCAGCGGUGAGGGCAGGAAGCGGUGCCCUUCCCAGUCUUCCAGCAGACCUGCCACUGGGAUCUGCCAACCCCCUACGACACCUACUGGCCAGGCCACUCGGGAAGAUGCCAAAUGGACAAGCCAGCACUCGGACACACUGACUUUGGGAAAGUGAUACGCCCAGAAGCCCCCUGGGGUUUGGGAUAGAAGGGGUGGGGUGGGCGAGGAUCCAUGGGGGUGCCCAGUCCCAGGAGAGUGGACAGAGAAGGGACAGGCCUGAAGUUAACUAGGAUGGGCCUUUGCACUAAGUAGCAGUGUACACCAUUUGGGCUAUUAGUGGUGCCCCUGGGCAGGAGCCUCCAAGUACCCCUUCCCCUCCAGACUCCAUGACUUCCAUCUUAACUUCUAAGGGGGGAGGGGAAGGGGGGAGAUUUUUAUAUAUAUAUAUAUAUAUAUAUACAUAUAUAUAUAUCAAGUUUUAAAUUAUUGAUAGUUUGUCUGGAUUACCAAAAUCACUCUUCAGCCCUUCUUGCGGCUGUUAGGCCGACCCAUCUCCCCACUUCUUCCGCUCCCCUCCAGCCAACUAUGCAGCCCACCAGAAGGCUCUGGCGGUGCCUGUGGGCCCCAGAAGCACCAGCCCCUCGAUCAACUGGGGUUUGUCAUCACCGUGUCCCCUGCUAUUCCACAUACCCUUCUGCCACCUCUGGGGGAAGGAAACCAAAGGAUCUCAGAAUGGGGGUUGGGGAGUUUCAGCUUCCCCUGCCCUCUCCCCUCUCCCCAGCCCAGAGACGCUGCUCACACCAGAAGAGACUAUUGAAAGAUGAUUCAUUUUAUUUUUUUUUCUCUGACCUUGGGAAAACAGAAAACAAA